CUCAACCACAAAGCUCCAUCAGCCACGGGGAUCCCCCGCGCCGCUCUUCACAAUGGUAAGCCCUCAUAAUCAACUCCACCUCCGAACAAAUCACCCUUUUAAAUCAAGCGACCGUGCCCCCGAAUCUUGUCCAACUCGUCACCCAAAUUUCCUCCUCGCCUCUCCCUUAGCCUUCAACCACACCUAAACCUUAAGCUCAACCAAAAAUUCCCCACUAACAAAAUGACCAGGCGCGUAACAGCGAAAAAGCCCAAUCGAUGCUCUUCCGUUUCCGGGCCCAACAAGCCGCGGAUCUCGGAAUCAUCGACAUUGGGCGCACGCGCCGCCCGAAAGCCAUCACCACCGUUGACUCGAUCCCGAUGUGCGAGAAAUGGCGCGGCCAAGUGCUGAAGGAAAUCUCACGCAAAGUGUCUCGGAUCCAGGAGCUCAGUCUAAGCGAUUACCAGAUCCGGGAUCUGAACGAUGAGAUCAACAAGCUUAUGAAGGAGAAGUGGACGUGGGAGAUGCAGAUUCGGAACCUGGGCGGGCCCAACUAUAUGCGAGGCUCAGGCCGAGUGUUUGAUGAUGAUGGGAGGGAGAUACCGGGCGGUGGGAAGGGGUAUCGGUAUUUUGGACGAGCGAGGGAGUUACCGGGUGUGAAGGAGAUGUUUGAGGCGGCGGCGAGACGGGGGAGGAGGCCGGCUGAGGAGGAGGAUGAAGAAGGUGGGAAGGGGAGAGGAGGCGAGAUUGCGACGAAGAAGGUCGAUGCUAAUUACUUUGGGUAUGGGUUGGAUGAGGAGGAUGGGACGCUUUUGGCGUAUGAGAAGCAGAAAGAGAAGGAGGCUGUUGAGCGAUUGCGCAGGAAGGAUGAGGAUGUGGAAGAUGGGUGGGAGCCGUUGCCUGGUGAUGCUGGGGAUGGCGUCGAGUGGAGGUUGCCUACACUUGACGAGGUCCAGGAGGAGUUGGUUGAUCGACGGAGGAGGAGGUUGUUGGACAAGAUCUCAUGAGAUUGUGCGGUUGUUGGGGCGUCUGUCCUCGUGAUGCGCUAUGCGCUGACUCUGGGGCUCUUUUUUGAUUUUCUUUUCGUCUAUCAUGGGCGUUUAGGGUUUACGAUGAUUUCUCGUCUCCUUUUGUCUCUCUC